GCGUGAUCCGGCGAGAAGCUUUCCGCGGGCCCCACCAAAUCGGCGGCACUACUUUCUCCCCCUCUCUAUAAAUAGCGGCCCCUCUCUCUCCCCAGUUUCUCAUCCAAACAAAUUCAAAUCCAAAAUCAAUUUCUCAGCUCCAAGCCAACUAAAUCCCGGCGCCUCCAUCCAGCUCGAUCACAGAAAAAAAGACGCCGUUUAUAUAUUAGAUUAGAUUAGAUUAGAAGUAAAAAAAACGGGUAUGGAAGAAGCCGACCCGCUCUCGCAGCUGAGCUUGCCGCCGGGGUUCCGAUUCUACCCGACCGACGAGGAGCUUCUGGUUCAGUACCUGUGCCGAAAGAUCGCCGGCCAAGACUUCUCCCUGCAGAUAAUCGGAGAAGUCGAUCUUUACAAGUUUGAUCCCUGGGUUCUUCCGAGUAAUUAAGUUAAUUUCAUUAAUUAAUUGCCUACCUAUAUAUUAUUAUCAAUUAUACUCCGUAAAAUUUAAUUGAUGGCUCGGCUCAUAAGUCAUUAGUAAAUAAGAAUGUGGCUGGGUGCCUUGUUUACAGGCAAGGCGAUUUUCGGAGAAAAGGAGUGGUACUUCUUCAGCCCGAGAGACAGAAAAUACCCGAAUGGAUCCAGACCGAACCGGGUCGCGGGUUCCGGGUACUGGAAAGCGACUGGAACGGAUAAGGUGAUUUCCACCAAAGGGCGAAAAGUUGGAAUCAAGAAAGCGCUUGUCUUCUACGUGGGGAAAGCACCCAAAGGAACCAAAACCAAUUGGAUCAUGCAUGAAUACAGACUGUGUGAUGCACCAAGGAAAGCUGGCAGCUCUCGGCUGGAUGAUUGGGUACUCUGCCGGAUAUACAAGAAAAUGACGAGCGCAGAGAAGGCGGCGAUGGGGCCGGGCGGGCAGAGCAAAGAACAGAGCCACGCGUCGUCGUCGUCGUCAUCCUCGCAGUUGGACGACAUGCUGGAGUCGUUGCCGGAGAUCGACGACCGCUUCUUCGCUCUGCCGAGGACCAACUCGCUGCUGAUCAAACAAGAAGAGAAGCUGAUGAAUCUGCAAGAAUUGGGAGCAGGGAACUUCGACUGGGCUUGCGGCAUUAACCCGUUGCCGGAUUUGGUCAACGGGAAUCAGCCGGUGGUUUUCGGGAACGACGUGAACUAUGCUGCAAAUGACGUGUACGGCCAGGCCGUGGCAAUGAUGAACUUUCAAGCGGCGGGAGAUGAUGAAGUGCAGAGUGCGAUCAAAAGUCUAAGGGCGGACAACUCGCCCGGUUUCUUCCAGCAGCCAGCAAGGUUUUCGAGCGCACCCGACCCGUUCGGAAUCCGGUACCCCAACCAGAUGUCUGGGAUGGGGUUCAGGCAGUGAAUAAUAAGGGCCGGAUCGUGGCUAUGAGUAAAUUUUGAAAUAUAUAUGAUCAAGCAGAGAUCGAGAUGCAUGGGUUAACGCCUAUAGCAGGCGCCUGGCCAGCCGGAAGUAGGAAUGUUAUACUCUGUAUAAGAUUAAAUGCAUGUGUACGUAGGUCGCAAGGUUUUAAUUUAAAAGCAUUUUCUUCUUAAUUUUUCUUGAGCUCGGAGUUCCCGUCCGAGCAAAGUAUCAUUGAUUAAAGUUUGUGAGAGGAGAUAGAAAUGAACAUAAUCAUAAAUUAGUUGAUUUAAUAGGAAAGUUACAAAGUUUAAUAGGAAAAUCAAAAAGAAAAAGUUGACAAAAUUCAAUGGAUCGGAGGAAUUAUUAUGUGUA